AUGGUUGAUAGCGGAUAUGAUUGGCAGGAUCAUAAUAGGCGAAUGGUAGUCGAAGGACGGCAAAUACUGGAACGAACCUCCGCCAGCUUGGCCAGAUCGAAUCAAGUCGCUAUUGAAACAGAAAAUAUCGGAACCGAAGUGAUAUCGGAACUGGAUGAACAACGUGAAUCUUUGCUACGCACCCAACGGCGACUGGAUGGAGCCAAUGACGAACUCUCCAAAUCAAGUGCCAUUCUACGUGCAAUGAAACGCAACUUUUUCUACAAUAAACUUGCACUUAUUCUGAUUAUUGUUUUUGAAUUAGUUUGCCUUGUUGGAUUAAUCAUACUUAAGGUUAAAAAAUAGUGAAUGACACACAUGUGCUAAAAAUAAUCAAAGAAAUAAUGACAAAGAAAUAAAUUUAUUAUUAAAAAAUACUGAGAAAAAUCUGUGCAUGGGUUUUAUCAUUUGUUAUGAAGAGCUAUUGUGCAUUUAUAUAACCAUUCAUCGAAAUUUAC